AUCAGACACGGGCCUCCUGAGACGUGCUGAACUUCAUACAGCUGUAUUUAAAUUAACAUUCAAGAAUUCUGGCGUUUUUUAAACCGUACAACCAUGAGCGGGACCAAACCAGAUCGCAGGCAGACCUAUGGACCACAAUGAGGCCAUCAGGGAGCUUCUGAAAGGAAUACAAUCUUUGUUUGACCAAAGGAAGGGAUGGCGUUUUUACUGGGUUAUUAUCUGCUGCUCCUGGGGUCCGUCCAGCUGACCUCAACCUACGGGCCCUAUCAGAGAGCACAGAAGACCGGGGAUAUUCUCCUUGGGGGUCUCUUCCCCAUACACUUUGGAGUCGCUUCUAAAGACCAGGACCUGGCGGCCAGGCCAGAGUCCACUCAGUGUGUGAGGUACAACUUCAGGGGCUUCCGCUGGCUGCAGGCCAUGAUCUUCGCCAUCGAUGAGAUCAACAACAGCAGCUCCCUCCUGCCCAACAUCACCCUGGGCUACAGGAUCUACGACACCUGCAACACCGUGUCCAAGGCGCUCGAGGCCACGCUGAGCUUCGUGGCACAGAACAAGAUGGACUCCAUCAACCUGGACGAGUUCUGCAACUGCACCGACCACAUCCCCUCCACCAUCGCCGUGGUGGGGGCGUCAGGCUCCGCCGUCUCCACCGCCGUGGCCAACCUCCUGAGUCUGUUUUACAUCCCUCAGAUCAGUUAUGCUUCCUCCAGCCGGUUGCUGAGCAACAAGAACCAGUACAAGUCCUUCAUGAGAACCAUCCCCACUGACGAGUACCAGGCCACUGCCAUGGCCGACAUCAUCGCCUACUUCCAGUGGAACUGGGUCAUCGCCGUGGCCUCGGACGACGAGUACGGACGCCCGGGCAUCGAGAAGUUUGAGAAGGAGAUGGAGGAGCGGGACAUCUGCAUUCACCUAAACGAAUUCAUCUCACAGUACUUUGAAGACCACGAGAUCCAAGCCUUGGUGGACCGCAUUGAGAACUCCACGGCCAAAGUGAUCGUGGUUUUCGCCAGUGGUCCCGACGUGGAGCCCUUGAUCAAGGAGAUGGCCAGGAGAAACAUCACCGACCGCCUCUGGCUGGCCAGCGAGGCGUGGGCCAGCUCCUCGCUGAUCGCCAAGCCAGAGUACCUUGACGUCAUGGCCGGCACUAUCGGCUUCGCCCUGAGGCCUGGCCAUAUCCCAGGGUUCAAGGAGUUCCUCCAGCAGGUGCAGCCCAAGAAGGUCAGCCACAACGAGUUCAUCCGGGAGUUCUGGGAGGAAACCUUCAACUGCUACCUGGAGGACAGCUUGAGGCUGCAGGAGAGCGAGAACGGCACAGAGAGCUCGCGGCCGCUGUGCUCGGGCGAUGAGGACAUCACCAGCGCUGAGACGCCGUAUCUGGACUACACGCACCUCCGUAUCUCCUACAACGUGUACGUGGCCGUCUACUCCAUCGCCCAGGCCCUGCAGGACAUACUCACCUGCACGCCGGGCAGAGGGCUUUUCGCUAACAGCUCCUGCGCAGACACGAAAGAUAUGGAGGCGUGGCAGGUCCUGAAGCAGCUGAGACAUUUGGAUUACAUCGACAGCAUUGGGGAGAAGGUACACUUCGAUGAGAACGCUGAGAUGUGGGGGAACUACACCAUCAUCAACUGGCAUAGGUCAACAGAAGAUGCGUCCGUGGUGUUUGAGGAGAUCGGCUACUACAACAUGCACAUCAAAAAGGGAUCCAAGCUCUACAUCGACAAUGCCAAGAUACUGUGGAAUGGAUACAGCACAGAGCUGCCGUUUUCAAACUGCAGUGAGGACUGCGACCCAGGCACCAGAAAGGGAAUCAUAGACAGCGAGCCCACUUGCUGUUUUGAAUGCAAAGAGUGCUCUGAUGGAGAAUACAGUAACCAUAAAGAUGCCAGUGUUUGCACCAAAUGUCCAAACAACUCGUGGUCCAACGGGAACCACACGUUCUGCUUUCUGAAAGAGAUCGAGUUCCUCGCAUGGACGGAGCCCUUCGGCAUAGCCCUGACAAUAUUCGCAGUGCUGGGAGUCUUGCUGACGGCCUUCGUCCUAGGGGUGUUUGCCCGAUUCCGCAACACUCCCAUCGUGAAGGCCACCAACCGGGAGCUGUCCUACCUCCUCCUCUUCUCCCUGGUCUGCUGCUUCUCCAGCUCUCUUAUGUUCAUCGGCGAACCCCAGGACUGGACGUGCCGCCUGCGCCAGCCGGCCUUCGGGAUCAGCUUCGUCCUCUGCAUCUCCUGCAUCCUGGUCAAGACCAACCGCGUGCUGCUCGUCUUCGAGGCCAAGAUCCCCACCAGUCUCCACCGCAAGUGGUGGGGCCUGAACCUGCAGUUCUUGCUGGUGUUCCUGUGCACCUUCGUCCAGGUGAUGAUUUGCGUGGUCUGGCUCUACAACGCCCCGCCGGCCAGCUCCAAGAACCACGACAUCGAUGAGAUCAUCUUCAUCACCUGCAACGAGGGCUCCAUGAUGGCCCUGGGCUUUCUGAUCGGCUACACCUGUCUCCUUGCCGCCAUUUGCUUCUUCUUCGCGUUCAAAUCGCGCAAACUCCCGGAGAACUUCACAGAGGCGAAGUUCAUCACGUUCAGCAUGCUGAUAUUCUUCAUCGUUUGGAUCUCAUUCAUCCCGGCGUACUUCAGCACCUACGGCAAGUUCGUGUCGGCUGUGGAGGUGAUCGCUAUACUGGCGUCCAGCUUCGGCCUUUUGGCUUGCCUCUUCUUCCACAAGGUGUACAUCAUCCUCUUCAAGCCCUCCAGGAACACCAUUGAGGAAGUCCGCUGCAGCACCGCGGCGCACGCCUUCAAAGUGGCUGCCAAAGCCACCCUCAAGCACAACACGGCGUCCAGGAAGAGGUCAGGCAGCAACGGCGGGUCUUCAGGCUCAUCCCCCUCCUCGUCCAUAAGCCACAAGACCAACGGUAACGACUGUGAGCCCAGCGCAGGCCAGCCCAGGAUCCACAGGCCCAGGGUGAGCUUCGGGAGUGGAACAGUCACUCUGUCCCUGAGCUUCGACGAGUCGAGAAGGAGUUCAGUCAUGUGAUGUAACCUCACGUUUGGGAACAUUGCAAGCCCAUUGCGAAUCCAUUGGCCAUUCCCUUAUUUGAAGUCCAUAACCAUUAAAAUGUCUGUCUGAUAUGAUGACAAAGAUGGCAUACUGUAGAUGUUGAAACUUGGUGAUUCAGAAUUGUAAAUAAUUUUCAUAAGCAUUCAACAUCAACUUGGAAUAUUUAUUGA